AUGUCCAACUUUGUGGUCGCAAGCCCACACUUAUAUCAAAACGUCGUGCCUUAAAUGAGGGAUUUAAUGACGUUGGAGAUUCGGAUCCACUAGACAAGAUUAUCGGUGGGUCCUAUGCCACAUACGGUGAAAUUCCCUGGCAGGUGAACAUCUAUGCUAACGGGACGCACAGGUGUGGAGGUGCCAUUAUAAACGCUUUUUGGGUCCUCACCACUGCUAUGUGUGUUUUUCCCAGAUACACAGGAACGAUCACUUUGGUAUUAGGCGACCAUCUAAUGUCUCGAGAUGAGCAAGGUCAGCAGACAUUUCAAGUGGAACAUGUUUAUAUUCACGAUGGAUUUGCAGAAACGUUUCAUAACGAUACAGCGUUGUUGAAGAUUGCGCCAAUCAACGGCAAUGGUAUCCAGUUUAACGACUAUGUUCAACCUGUGUGCCUUCCUGAGACGGGCGAGUUGCCUGCAAUUAAUGCGAGUCUAACACUUUCAGGAUGGGGAGAAACUGAAACUUAUUCAAUCAGGUCAUCAGACGUGCUGAAAAAAAUGGUGGUACCCUUCGUGGACUAUGCCGAAUGCAGUCGUAUUUUCAAUGAUUCUCAUGGUACCCAAGGCUUAUUGUGUGCAGGAAGACCAGGUGGCAGCUCUGAUAUUUGUCUGACUGACAUGGGUGGACCAGCCACCUUUAAGUCUGGAGAUGUGAACAUCCUUGCUGGUCUCAUCUUGGCAUCCUCCAUAAGCUGUACAGCUCCGGCCUAUACAAUUAUUCUAACCAGUGUUGAAGAACAUCUGUCGUGGAUUCGUCUAAAUAUCCAGGAUCAUAGCAACGGCACUGCAGGAGUAAUCCCGGGCAGAACAGGUUGA